AUGUCAGUCGUCCCUGAGAAGUCGGAUGGCUACCCGCUUGGCACAGACGAGGGCGUGAUGCCGAAGGUCACAGAGACGACCCGUAGAGAUCCCAAGCCUCACUGGAGCCACGCGAUCAAGUCCGAGAACGCAGACUUGAAGGUUGAAAACCGUGAGCUCAAGCAGUUGGUGCUUCAGCUGAAGGGUCGUCUUCACAAACACAAGCGCCUAAGUCCCGGAGGUGAUGAUGGCGACGACAACGACGACGGAGAUGAUGACGGAGACGACGGCAGUCCCAACAGCAGUGACUUCGGUGAGCUGGACUACAUCUUCAUUGCCGUUGAGUUCCCCUCCCCGCACUUCAAUAUCAAGCGCGAGGUCUACUUCGUUCACAAGCACUCCACCGUGUCUGACCUGAAGCUCAAGAUCCUUGGUCAUUUUGAGUGCUUCACGCAACACCCUGCUCACUUUGCGUUCUUCCGUGGCGAUAUGCCGUUGGACGAUUUGGAGUUCGUCUACUUGGAGAUGAAGGAGCGUGACGUGCUGAAGUUUGAGAUGUUGACCCCCGACUGGCACACCCCUACCAACGAGGACUUCAUCACCGUCUACGUCAAGGUCUUCACCAACACCGAGAACGACAUCAGUAAGGAGAUUGAGAUCAACAAGUUCUUUACGUGCAGGGACUUUGUCUAUUUCGUGGCGGGGCUCUUUGAGCUGAAGAAGUUCUACCACGGCGACAUCACCUUGAGCUGUGAUGCAAUCGCAGGAGGCGACGACAUGAUGUGGCACGACCGUGACAUCCUUGACGUGAUGGAUGGUGGUUGGAAGCUUGAUGAGUUGGAUGUGAAGGACGGGCACACUUUGAACAUCAAGUUUGGAGGGCGUGGUGGCACUUCCAAGAAGCGACGGGCAACCUUAUCCGAGAUGAGACCAAAGGAGACUGACCCCGAUCUGGUCAAAGCAUGUUUUGGCAUUGAGACGUUCAACGACAUGGCUUGGCUUCGCCAUCUGGACUUGAAUGCCCUCAAGGAAUACAAGAAGGCGAUUGAGUCCUCCCGCGGUGUGGCAAAUCAGGUGCAGUUCACAGUGGACAAGAUCCAAGAAAUGAAGGCUCUGAAGGACUCAUGUUUCCUUGAGGUUCGUGUUUCCCGACCCCUUUCUCUCAGGAUGUUUCCCGUAAGCCCCCGUGAAACGCACCCUCGGGAAACAUGCUUCCCCCCAUAG